CGCACACGCACACGCACCGGAGCCCGCCGGCGCGCCAAUGUCGCAGCGUCUCUUCCACCUGCCGGGGGCAGGGCGCCCGGUCACGGCCCCGCCAGCCCCCCUAGGGAAUCAUCCGUCCCUGACUCGCCCGGGAUCGGCCGAUGGCCCGGUGAUGGCGCCGCCGGCGCCGCCGGCGCCGUUGUUGCACCCGACACAUCGACCGGCCUCGGGUUCCUCGCUGCGAUCGUCCUCCCCCUCCUGCGGGUCACUGGUGACCACCCUGCUCCCGGAGCCGGAGGCCAUCACCUCCGGAUCGCUGUUGGCCGAGCUGCAAGCCAUCACCGCCGGGCCGGGCCCGGUCGCACGCCCGGGGUCGGCCGGGCCGGCCGGGCGAGCCGCCACGCUGGCGGCCGAUGCCACCGCGCGGCCCAGCUCGGCUCCCUCGCGCCUGGCGGGCCCGGGCCGCGCGGCUCCCCUGCGCCUGGCCGUCCUGCAGGCUGCUUCGCCGGGUUCGGACCCUUCGGCGGGUGCCUCCGCCAGCCUUGACCUUGCCGGGUCUGUGGAGGAGGGGAUUGCCGAUGGCACGGCCGCCCCGGCCGGUGUCGUGGAAUCUGCCGACCCGGCGGCCGGCCCGGGCCCCAGCGGCCCUGAGGCUGCCGACGCGCCGGCCCCCAAGGCCCCGGUGGAUUCGGCUCUCUUCGAGCGUUUCCGCGCGAGCGAGCUCCUGGAUCCUCUCUUCCUGCCGGCGCACCUGGAGCGGCUGAUCCGCAUUUUCGUCGGGCUCGAGGCCGCCAUCAGCUUCCGCCUCCUCCGACAGGAAACCCCGGUCUUCUCGCAGCUCCGGCCACCGAUCGAGGCCACCGCGCAAUGCACCACAUCCGACGCGGACGUCUUCGCCAUCAUGGCCAUCUGGCCGCAGUGCCUGACCGUGCGACCGGUCUUCUUCCAGGGCCAACAAACCCUGCUUGUGCGCUUUGCCGACACGACGGCCACCACGGCGGCCACCACGGCGGCCACCACGGCGGCCACCACCGCCGCACCAUCAUCAUCGCCGGCGGAAAGUAACCCAGGGCUGGGCCAACGCCGGGCAGAUCGCUUUCGCGCGGUGGUCCGAGCCUUUUGGCUGGUGCGGGCCGGGCUCACUGAGGAGGACCUCUCGGACCCGGGGCUGGGCCGGGGGGUUCCCCAGGGCCCGAAGGCCCUGCUGGGCCACCACCCCCUGGAUGACCCGAGCGGGGCGCUCACCCCCGGGCGCAGCCUGCUGGUGACCAGUGCGCAGCUGCUGCAGGAGGCGGCGCAGGCCCUGCGCGCUGACAGCCUGGCCCAGGCCAGCGUGUCGAAUCACACGCUGCUGGGAGCACUGGGCGGCGACUCGGGCGUGCCAGCCAGCCGCAAGGGCGCCGGCCUGGAUGGCCAGGCCCCCGGCACCCCGGGGAAGCGCCUGGCUCCGGGGGAUUUCGCCGCGUCGCCGAGCAAGCGUUUUGCCGGGCCGCCAGCGGCCGGGGCCCGGGGCCCCGGGCCGGGGUCCAUCUUUGCCGCGGCCACUGGCGCCGGCCCCCCGCCGGCCCCGGUGGCGGAUGUCCGGCCGAAGGUCAUUCUCGACGGCCGGCGGCGGCUGUAUGAGCUGCAGCUCCGCGCGGGAUCGCUCCUGGCGGCGGGGCCGCCGGCGCUGGCAGCCGGGGCCGGUGCCCGGCCGGGAUCGAGCUCCGGCGAGGCGGCCGCGCCCACCGGGGCCCGGUCACUUUUGACCGGCCUCAGCCCGGCCGAGGAGUUGGCCCAGCGGCUCCGGCCGGCGAGACAGCCAUCUUCCGAGCCGGCGGUCGCAGCCACCUCGGGCCCGCUGGCGCCGGCCGCAGCGCGCCCGGCCGUGGCCGGGGUGUACGCGGAGUUGCAGCGCCGGCGGCAGGAGCAGCGCGCCGCGCUGGAUCACCGCCAGCACCAAGCGUCCCUGGGGUUAGCCAUGUCGUCGGUGCUCCCAGGGCAGCCACUCGGCGGGGCUGGCAGCACCAGCAGCAUGCUCAGCCUCUUCGGCAUGUGAGCGGGGUG